CUUUGCUUUCGCUCACUCUUUCCUCAUGACAACUGAGAGCUUACCAAUAUCAGCGUCGGAGCUGAAGCACCAAUAUCAAGAUGCGCACAGUAAUCUGGCAGCAAAGAAACCCAGAAAGUCUAAUCGCGACUCAUCUCGCCAUUCCGCUGGCCCGCUUAAACCAAAGCAGUCGUCACCAGAAGCCCAAAAACACGAAAUACAAGCGUCUCCUCCUCCAUACAACGACAAAAUUCGCCCGCUUCCGAAUCGAAAUACCAAAAAACCCGGUGCUCCACUUCGCAAUGAUCAGUGGAAACAAGUCAAUUCAUCCACGAAUGAUUUGCGAGUACGAGCUCCUACCUCGGAAGCAGCGAGUCACAUCGAGCGCUUCAAUAUAGCUAUGAUGCCUUACAACGUGUCUCGAAUAGUGUCUGAAGUCGAUGAUAAUGGGUCGCCAACCCCGCGCAAAGUCAUCACACCUAAAUCAAGCAAAAGCUCCAUCACCGCUACAUCCCGUACUAGUCCCCUGGCAUUUAAAAAGGGGCGAAGUCAGAACAGUAAAUCUUUCGAUGCCACUCCUCAAUCUACCAAUUACGUCGAUUUGGAUAUGACAGAUAACAAGCCGAAACGAUCUUCCAACUUAUUCGCAAUGUUGCUGUCAAAGCGCUCGCCUUCAGCUGAUAAAAUGCGAUCUCCAAAGCCGUCAGCCGCCUUUAUUGGUGUUGCAUUAGAGGAUAAUUACUCUUUCACUUCUGUGGACGUAAAGGGCGAUAAGAUCGUCGUUCCUACUAUAUUGAAUCAAUGUUGGAUGGAGGUUAGAAAACGAGGUUUGGAGGUCGAAGGUAUCUUUCGCAUCAAUGGUGGAGAGAAGGAAGUCAUUGCUCUAUGCGAAGAGUUUGAAAGAGCUCCUGUUGAAGUCCAUGAUUUCUCUGCCAUGAAUAUCCAUACUCUUCCUUCCGUCAUUAAGAAAUACUUAGGCGCCCUUCCAGAACCUGUCAUUCCCGUUCAAUUUUCGACCGUCUUCAUGGAAGUUGUCGAUUUGAACACAUCCGAUUUUACCAAAAUUGAAGCACUGAUCGAGCUAGGAUCGCUCAUGGCCUUCCCACAUCUACAUCUUUUGGUGUAUCUUUUGGAUGUAAUUAUCAACGACAUCCUGGAGCACUCGGAAAAAAAUCUGAUCACAUCUGAAGCAUUAGCUGUGCUGCUCUAUCCGUCAUGUAGCGGUCAGGAAAUACUAUCCGUCGCAGCAGCGGCAGCGGCAGCUCGCCGACCUUCGAAUCGCCGAAAUUUUCAUGGUGUGUUUCAAGGGUCGAAAAAUGAGGACGCCGACUCCAUGUUGAAUGCUGCUACUCGAAAUAGCGCACGUUGCAUGCAAAUGUGGGAAUUCUUGAUGGACAAUCGAGAACCGCUGACCAACGGCUGGCGGAAAAGCAUCCGCAAAGUUCUGACUUCUCAAAAACGAUCAACAAAAGAAAUCAUUAGCUUCGUCGCUGGCGACAGGUGUCCAUCACAAAAUGAGAUGCAAAAGGAACAACUCUCCAGUAUUGAUGAUCGAAAACCUAUCUCAGCAGCAACAGAUCGUGGUCCAGAACCGCAAAAUACCACUGAUAAUCAUUCCAUCUCUGAUGCCAACCCUUCGAUAUCAAGCAAACACCAUCCCUCAUCGUCCGACGUUAGUGCAAAAGACAUUGACGAAAUAUACCCAGAUCAUAAACCCUCCAAACAAGAUGAACAUAAGCAGCUUCGCCUGAAAGCAUCACUCUCUACACCGACCGCUUCCUCCAAUCCUGAAGAAAGCAACCCAGCUCAAAAGAAGGGUUUCUUUGCUCGAUUGCGUACUACCUCCAUGACGACACGCAAUGGUCCUCCCCCUGUGCCAGCUCACCAGCCUCCUCCUGUACCUAUUCACAAUGCUGAUGCACAGCGCAACCGGCCACCUCGACAGCACAUGAAGCAGCCUUCAUUUCGGGCCCGCGCCGCUGCUGAAAAGGUGAUCAAGCGAAGAAGCGUUGAUCUGUCCAACAAAAGACCUCCUGAACCCGAAAGAACGUCUGUUCCAAAUAACUGGGUGAAAAAGACAUACAAGGUUGCCUUCAAAGGCCAGCCCAAUGAGUAAAUGCGAAAAAAUCCCAAAAAAAGGAGAAGAUAAUGUAGUCUCAUAUACGAUACCAGUGUUUUUUUUUAUUCAGUCUUGUAA